UGGGCGGCCCCUUUCUUGAGCGCAGAAACACUUACUUUUCCCCCUACCCUGCUCCUCCUCCUCCACAGCCGUCUUUCUCUUUGCCUCAGCCACUUCCUUCCUUGGCCUCACCCUCCCCAGUGCACUGAAGAAGGUAACCGGGUCCAGACCCACGCGGCGCCAGUUCUCCGGCGGGAAGGAAAACCGUGCAGAGAGGCAGCAAUGAAUGUGGAUCAUGAGGUUAACCUCUUAGUGGAGGAAAUUCAUCGUUUGGGUUCAAAAAAUGCUGAUGGAAAGUUAAGCGUGAAAUUUGGGGUCCUCUUCCGUGAUGAUAAAUGUGCCAACCUCUUUGAAGCAUUGGUAGGAACUCUCAAAGCUGCAAAACGAAGGAAGAUUGUAACAUAUCCAGGAGAGCUGCUUCUGCAAGGUGUUCAUGAUGAUGUUGACAUUAUAUUACUGCAAGAUUAAUGUGGUUUACAUAUCUUUAUGUACUGCCAUUUUUUGUUUCUGGUAAACUGGAAUAUAAAGUGAAAGAACAAACAUUUGAACAUACUUAAUGUAUUUUUAUAGAACUUUGUAAACGAAAGGAGAUUCAUGUUUUAGAAGUCUGUCCUUUUUUAUAUCUUGAAAGAAAAUUUAUGUAUGAUGCUAUAAAAUAAAUCCUAUUAUUUUUCUCAGGAAUCUGGUUAGGAAUUGUAGGCAAUGAGAUUUUUUGCGGGGCAGGGACGGGAAUGUUUGUUCAUAAAUAGACAUUUUCUAUAGAUAUUUGACAUUCUGCGAAAGCAACAAGCAAACUGAAGACCAACUCCUAUGAGAAAUAUUAUGAUGUUUAUGUAAUAAAGACAUGUAACUGUCUUAAA